UUUUUUUAAAACCCCAAACAAAUGGGAUUUGAUUCGCUCGGAGCGCGCUGAGUCACGGAACCCCCGCGCCCCGGAGCCACCCGGCCCCGCGCCCGGAGCCACUGCCGGGACACUCUGGGGGGCCCGGGGGUCCCCAUCGGGCACAGCCAAGCUCCGAAGGAACCCGGAGCCUCACCUGGAAGGAGGGAUCUCAGCCCCACCUGAGCACAGCUGAUGGGGCAUUGAGUGGGAAUUCACCGCUUUUACCGCUGUUUUUGGCAGCUCUGAAGGACCCCAAACCUUCCCCCGGCAGGAGCCGAUGCGAUGGAGAGAGAUCAGCCCCACCUGGGCUCAGACCUGACCACCCCGUACCUGAGGAAGGCUCCCACGCCCCCCGGCCAUGAGGACGCCGACACGGCCGUGAUCGCAGUGGUGAUCACCCUGGUGUUCCUGACGCUGCUGACCGUGCUGGCGGUGAUCGGGAUUUACCUGUACCGCAACCAGGGCUCCUACCGCACCUACGAGCAGCCCGAGCCGGACACGGCCCCGCGGGAGGAGCCUCCGGCCAAGGAGAAGGAGGAAUAUUUUAUCUAAGGACGCGCCUGGCAUCCACACAGGUCCCGAAGUUCCCUGGAGCUGGGGGGUCGACGUGAAUUUUCAGGGGUUAGGAUGCUACCUGAAUUCCCUGGCAUCAGGGAUCUGCCCAAAUUUCCUGGAGUUGGGGAUCCGCGGAAAUAUCCCGGAGCUGAGGAUCUGCUGGAAUUUCUUGGAGGUGGGGGAUCUUCCUGAAGGGGAAUCUGCCUAAAUUCCCUGGAGCUGGGGCUCUACCUGCAUUUUCUGGCUUUGGGGUUCUGCCUAAAUUGCUUGGAUUGGGGGAUCCACCUCAAUUGAAAACCUGCCUAAAUUCCCUGGGGUCGAGGUUCUGCCUAAAUCUCCUGGAGCUGGGAUCUGCCUGAAUCCCCUGGAGCCUGUGAUUUCCCUAAAUUCCCUGGAGCUGGGGUUCUGCCUAAAGCUGAGGAUCUACAGCUGGUUUUGUUUGGUUUGUUUGGUUUUUUUCCUUAAUUUAUGAAGCCAACCAUGGAAGGAUUACAUGGGU